AUGAGCUCAUUCCACGACCGCACCUACUCUCCACCGUCCCCCGGAGCGAGCCGGUCACCAUGUCCGGCCUUGAACGCACUAGCAAACCAUGGUUAUCUUCCUCGAGAUGGCCGUGGCAUCACAGCCGUGCAAUUGAUCCGCGCACUGGUGCAAGUGUACAACUUCUCCGUGCCACUGGCGGUAGUGCUCUCAGUCGUCGGCGUGGUGCUGUGCGGCAACUGGUGGUCGCUCGACCUCCAUCAGCUGGCCAAGCACGGUCUCAUCGAGCAUAACGGCUCGUUGGCGCAUGACGACACCCCUCCGCACGAGGCCUAUGCACCCACUGCCGUCGACCCGAAGCUCGUUCACCAACUACUCUCCGUUACAUCUGCGCCUUAUCUCACACUCCGCGAUUUCGCCAAAGCUCGUGCACUACGAGAUUCCGCCAUUCCGACACCCCUCGAUAGGGUACAUGCGGAGAUCGCCAGAGGAGAAGCUGUCCUCACCAUCCAGACCUUUGGCUUGAAGUCGAAGGACACGGUGGGGAGCGCCGGGGAGCUUGACGGUGCUGUUAUGAAAACAUUCCUCGAGCAAUGGCUUGGUCAGGAGCGACUGCCAGAGGGAUGGCAGAAAUCACAAACACCCAUCGGCCUAGUUGAGACAGCUUCACGUUCGAGGCAAAUAGAGAAGAUGAUUCGAGAGUUGCGGACGAACUAUGCUUCAUGUCGAUGA